UCGCUUCGUUCGACGUUUUGUGUCUUGAGUGUCGAACAGAUUCGUCCGCCCCGCCGUCAGUAAACUUUCGUAACUUCGGGGUACAUAUAGAAAGCGUGUUUAGAUUUCUACUCUGAGCGCCAUGAAGUGCCACUACGAGGUGCUAGGAGUUGGACGUACGGCCGACGAUGACGAAAUCAAGAAGGCCUAUCGAAAGCUGGCGCUACGCUGGCAUCCCGACAAAAAUCUGGACAACCCGGAAGAAGCCAACCAGCAGUUUUUGCUAGUACAGGCCGCUUACGAUGUGUUGUCCGAUUUACAGGAACGUGCCUGGUACGAUAACCACCGCGAGCAGAUUCUACGAGGUGGACACACGAAUUACGAGGAUAAUUCGUUGGAUUUGUUCCAGUACUUUACUACGGCUUGCUACAAAGGAUUCGGUGAUGAUAUGGGAGGAUUUUAUGCCGUUUAUGGUGAGGUGUUUCAUACCAUCGCGUCGGAGGAAAUUGAAUUUCUUGAUGAUGAGGAAGAUUUUGAUGCGAUACCAAAGUUUGGUAACUCCCAGAGUGAUUACGAAACGGAAGUCCGACAGUUCUACGGGUAUUGGGAAGGGUUUUGUACGAAGAAAAGCUACGCUUGGCUGAAUCCACACAACAUAAGCGAGAUUCGCGAUCGAAGAGUUUUGAAGGUAAUUGAAAAGGAAAACAAGAAAAUUCAACAGAAAGCUAGAAAGGAAAGAAAUGAAGAGAUACGAUCGCUUGUACUGUUUGUUAAGAAGCGAGAUAAGCGCGUACAAGCGUACAAGAAACUGUUGGAAGAACGGGCUGAACAGAAUAGGAUAAAAUCCCAACAGAAUCGAUUAGAGCAAAUCCGGAGAAAACAGAAAGAGAUUGAGGAACAACAGAAAAACUCAUCCAAUGUGUUCAAUGAGGCAUACGAAGAACAAUUGAGGAAAUUGGAAGCUUCCUAUGCGGACAUAUCGGAUCAAUCGCAUGACGAAGGGGAUCAAACAAUGCAAUCCGUCGGAGACGCAAUGGCCGGACUAAUAGUAAGCCAAAACGAAAAUGGAGAAGAAAACUUUUAUGUUGACGACCUCUAUUGCGUAGCGUGUGACAAAAUGUUCAACAAUAGGAAAUCUUUCGAAAACCAUGAAUCUUCUAAAAAACAUAAACAAAACAUACAACUUCUUAGGGAACAAAUGAGAAAGGAAGACGAUGAGUUGGCAUCCGAGAUGCCAACAGAAGAAAAAAGCGAUCCAGAAGUGAGCGAUGAAGAAACCCAAGAAGUGGAAUCCAAACGAAAGAAGCCAAAAAACAAGAAAAGGCUUCCGAAAAAUGUACAAAUUUCUGAAGACCACGAUGAACAGCCGCAUGAUCUCCAUUUACCAGGUGCAAUGAAAGAACCUGACAGCGGCGAUGAUUGGUCUGAUAUGAAAAAAGGCAAUAAAAAAGGAAAGUCCAAGGCUAAGGACAGUGGCCAAAGUAAAACCAAGGUGAGCAGCGCGGCGGCUGAGAAAGCUCCAGAUGAGCAGCCAAAAGAACAGGAUGAAAAAACGGAAGAAAAACCUGCUGACGAUGGGCGACCAUCAGAGCAUAAAUGCGUUACAUGCAAUGAGAAGUUUGGAUCCAAAAAUAAACUUUUUAACCACUUAAAGCAAACCGGCCACAGCGUAUAUAUCGACAAACUAAAGGCUCAAAAAGCCGAAGUGGACAAGAGCAAAAGUGGUAAAAAGCGGAAGUAGUGAUAGUAUUUUAAAGUAAUUUGUACAUAAAUCAAAGGCUGUUUGUUUUAAUUUCAUCCUGCGAUGAAACAAUAUACCUAAACUACUAUUCAAAAAGAGGGUUUGCACCGUAAACGUUUUAGAAAGCACCAGUAAGAAAUGCUAAGUUACAUACGACAUUUUGUGAUCCACUUAUCCUAACUGUAUUGUAAUGUUUCAACAAGACAACACGCAAAAA